UUAUGCAACAACAUUUCCCGCUUCUCGUUGUUGCAAUCAUGUUCAAGUGCUGUUUUGAUAAUUUCUUUUGUUUUUCGUCAGUGGAAACACGAAAUUCUUCAUUAUGGAAGAAGCGAAUUUGUCUGAUGCGGGCAAAAUGCCCUCGGAAUUAGGAAGUGCCAGUCAUGAUUAUCUUGCUGAUAAUAUAUCAUCAAAAGAGCCUGCGUCAAAUGUUUUAAUGGAAGUCCAUGCAUUUCAAAAUUUGGACGGCAGUGACGACGUGAGUACAGACCAGACUUCUGAAGAUUUGAAGAAAGCCGAUUCAGACGUUGAGAAAUCUUCUGUGUCCAGUUCUGUUUUGCAAACUGGCGAAAUGGCUCAUUCUGAUGAUGAGAAAAAUAAUGACGAAACUUCUCCAAGUACUGCAUCAACUACAUUAACUUCGAAAAAAAACGGUCUUGAGGAAGAUGUCGCUGGCAAUUCUGAUGUUGAACAAAACGAAGGACGAAGCUCUAGGAAGAAGUCUGCGGUAAGCGAUUUGACAUCAAUGAUGGUCGCCUGUAAAGAAGGAAAUUAUCGCGUUGUUCAAAAACUGUUUGAAAAAGGAGCUUCGGUUUCAGAAACUGAUAUGCACGGAAUGACGUGUCUUCAUUAUGCCGCGUUGUCCGGCUCCGAACCCAUAGUCAAAUUUCUAGUAUCAGAACAAAAGGAUUUAGUUUUAACGACAAACGACGAAGGUCAGACUCCAUUACAUCUUGCAUGUACUCACAGCUCACACGCUUUUGCGAUUGUGAAAUUAUUAUUGAAAGACAAUGGCGAAGAAGCGAAGCUAAUAACAAAUGCUGCGGGCGAAACUCCUCUUCUUUUGGCCGUGGAAAGUGGAAACAAGCUUGUCGUUGGAGAAUUAUUGGACAGCAAAGCAAAGGAACAAUUAAAGAUUGUUAAAAAAGAUUCUGGCGAUUCAGCAUUGCAUUGUUGUGCACGAAAAAGAAACGUGGAUGUUGCAAGAAUAUUAUUGGACUCUGGCUCUGCCGUAAAUCUAAAAAAUAAUGAUGGUCAAACUGCAUUACAUAUAGCUGCAUACGAAGGACAGGAAGCAAUGAUAAAAUUGUUAUGCUCAUCUAACAAAAUGUUUGCAGAUAUACAAGACAAGUUCGAUCGACCUGCCGUACACAUUGCAGCUGAAAGAGGAUUUUCAGGAAUUGUUGAAUAUCUUGUCGAUAAAGUAAACGUCGAUAUUAAUUUUCGUUCCAAGUCUGGCAAUACACUCCUUCAUAUCGCUGCACAAAAUGGUCAUACAAAUACCGUUUUAGCAUUACUAAACAAACGUGUUCCUCUUCAUAUGCCGAAUAAAGCUGGUGAGGUGUCGCUCCACGCAGCUGUUAUUUGUGGUCACGUGGGUGUCGUUGAGACUCUUCUAAAUAAGGGUGCACAGGUUGAUUGUAAAACGAAGGAUCUGUAUACUGCACUACAUAUUGCCGUGCAACACCGAAAGCCAAAAGUAGUGCAGACUCUUCUGGGCUACGGAGCAAAUGUGCAUCUUAAAGGGGGGAUGCUUGAAGAAACGCCUUUGCAUAUAGCUGCACAUUAUAAAGAUGGUACUGAGGUCGCUGAAAUGUUAUUGAAGAGUGGAGCGAAUGUUGAUGUACCCCAAGAGAACGGAGAAACAUCGCUUCACAUAGCAACGAGAAACAAUAAUAUCUCCAUGAUAGAACUCCUCUUGUCUGAAGGCGCCAAUGCUGCAAGGAAAUCACAGAAAGGAGAGAUACCUUUACACAUCGCUGUCGAGAAUUCGUUUUUCGACAUUGCUGCGGUGUUGGUCAUUCAUGUCAUGAAAUCUAAUCUGAACCUGACCCAUGGUGUCAAGUUUAUAGUCAAUUCACCGAACAAAAAAGGAGAGACUCCGUUACAUUACGUCAGCAAACUGACAACGAAUGAGGAGACUGGUGAACUGGACUUAAAAACAGCGAAUCUUUUACUGAAGCAUGGCGGGAAUCCUAGACUGGAAACCGUGGAUACAAAAGAAACUUGUGUCCAUUACUGUGCAAGAUCUGGCAACAAUGAUGUCCUUCAGGCUUUUCUUAACUCUUUAUCAGCAGAAGAAGUUCAACGAUUAGUAAAUGCGAAAUCAUCUAAUCAUUUGACUCCUCUACUUAUAUCGUCGGAAAAAGGAAAUCUGGAUGUCACAAAGACUUUUAUGAAUUGGAAUGCGAGGCUUGACGCCUUUGAUGAGAAAGGCCAAACGCCACUUCAUUUGUCCUGUGCUUACGGUCAUAAAGAUGUCGCUGUAUAUCUUCUCAACUCUAAACCAUACAUAAAUGCAAAAACAAAACUUGGUUUCACUCCGCUACAUUUGGCAGCGGAGAAAGGAUACACGGACCUGGUCGAAAUGCUUGUUGUUCAAUUUUCAGCAAGUAUAGACGCUCUAUCGUUUGAAGGACAGACGCCGUUACAUUUGGCAGCCGAGGGAGGAAGGUUGGAUGUUUGUAAAGUCCUGUUGCAUCUACAAGCUGAUACAUCCGUUGCUGAUAAUCAUGGGAGAACGCCUUUGCAUUGUGCCACACAAAUGGAUCAUUCAGAAGUUGUUAAGUUUUUCGUGAAACAUUAUCCUCAAGUUGUCAAUCAAACGAAUGCUGAUGGCGAGACGUGUGCCCAUAUCGCUGCUGCGAAAGGAAGUAUUUCUGUUAUAAAAGAACUUGUCAAAUUGAAAAAUAACAAUAUCAUAGAAAAAAUUACUUCUAGUCAGAUUUCCACGCCUCUGCUCUUAGCGGCCAGCGGUGGUCACGCUGAUGUCGUACAAGUUUUGUUACUGAAUGGAGCGAAUGCGACACAUAUGGAUAAGUUUGGUUGGACAGCUAUUCAUCUUGCAGCGAGAAAUGGCCACAACAACGUUAUCGACAUACUUAAAGAUAAGAUUUCUCUUGAUUUUGUUAGCCCAAAGACGGGACUCUCAGCGGCUCAAAUCGCGGCGCAGUACGGCCAAACGGAAGUCAUGAGGGAAAUAUUACUAGAGGCUGAUGUUGGGAAUGUGAAAAGUCAGCCGAACAAGACGAAAAAAGACGAGGAAUCCGGCUGUACUCCUCUGCAUUUUGCUUCGAGGUCUGGAAACGAACAUGUCGUUCGCCUUCUUUUAAAUAAUCCGAAUGUGAAGGUUGAUGCAUUGACAACACAAAAUUCAUUACCGUUGCAUAUGGCGAGCGGCGAAGGACACGCCAACGUUGUUAGCCUGUUGCUCAGUAAAGCUCCGCAUCAAGUCCACGCGAAGAACAAACUAGGGCGGACGGCGUUCCAUCUUGCUGCGUCCAGCGGUCGCAACAAUGUCGUUACUCAGUUGUUGGCGCAAGGAGCUAAAAUCGAUGCUGAAGAUACGGAUGGUUGGACCGCGUUGCAUUUCUCAGCGACUUCUGGACAUUUAAAAGUUGUCAAACAGCUUAUUGAAUCUGGUGCAAAUCUUACUAAGGAAACGAGGGAAGGAAAGGUUGCGUUGUGUUAUGCUGCUCAUUCGGGGAAUGUCGCCGUUCUACAUUAUUUACUCAAUCUUAAAUUUGAUCCGUCGCUUUUGUUGUUGGAUAAAACGUUCUUGUUUGAUCUUAUGGUGUGUGGAAAAGGGACUGGUAACGAGUGCAUCACGUCAUUCAUUCUCCGCUCGCCCGCACCUUUGUAUACAGCGGUAAAACUUUCCCAUCACUACAGAAUGCGGUCAGUUAAAGUUAAAGAGCGAAGCAAAGACCUGACAGCCGCUGGAGAUUUUUGCGAGGAGUUGGCCCAGAACAUCAUGACUCUGGCUUGUGCGACUGAUGCAAGUCAUCUGUUGAACGCGACAGAUGACGAAGAUAAACCGUUUUUGGACGUAAUGGUCGAUUGCGAACAGAAGCAGUGCGUUGCGCAAACCGCUGUGCAGUCGUACUUAGGUAGCAAGUGGGUUGCCGGGCAAGAUUGGAGAACAUCCAAAAUUGUGGGUGUGUUCUUCGCGGCCUUCUUUUUGCCGCCUGUUUGGGCAGUGCUCUCCCUUCCAUGGAAAAAUAACUGCAAUCAAGUGCCGUUGGUAAAGUUUAUCUGUAAAUUAAUAUCACAUCUCUAUCUUAUUCUACUGUUCGUAUUCAUGUUGGCUAUACCAUGGGGAAAACUUGGCGAUGACGUAGUUCCGGCCUGGUACGAGGUAGUGUGGAUGUUUUGGUUGUGUGGUCUUUUUCUUGAACAACUCACCGAUGCGAAGAAUAAAAAAGGUCUGGGGCGAUUACCAAUAUUGGUAGUAUUUUUGUCAAUGGUCGGCGUUCUUCUUCAUUUGAGUGCGAUUCCCUGCGGGAGCUCCACGCGUUUAAAUCUUUUGUACUCGCGCAAUCAGAUUUUAGCAGUUGCAAUGUUUUUAAGUUUCGUACAACUCUUGGAUUUUCUUACUUUUCAUUACUUGUUUGGUCCUUGGGGAGUUAUGAUUGGUAAUCUUUUGCAAGAUGUGGCAAGAUUUCUCGUUAUAUUACUAAUCUUUAUUCUUGGUUUUGCCAUGCAUCUUGCUGCCAUAUCUAAACCUGCGUUUGAAAAGAAAGCAUUGAAAUCCGUUACUUUAUCAAACAUGCACAAAAACUUUGUUGAGAUAUUCAAAUUCUUGGUUUUCACUCUUAUUGGCUCGGCUGACUCUAAUUUCCUCAACGACAUGACUAAGAAUAAUCUUCCGGGUUUCUCUAAGGUCUUGGUCUAUAUUGUGUUUGGUUUUUACUGCUUAAUUACCAUAAUUGUUCUAAUUAACCUUCUAAUUGCCAUGAUGAGCGACACUUACCAACGCAUUCAAGCGCAGUCUGAUUUGGAAUGGAAAUUCGGCCGCGCAAAGUUGAUAAGGAGCCUGGAACAGUCAACUCUAACACCUGCGCCUCUCAACCUACUCACAACCGCAUGGAAGCUCAUACGACUUGUCCACAAAUUAAGUCAUAAAGUGGAAGCUCCAAAUAUCCCAGGAAUCAAUGCCGUAUCUCCUGACUCUCCUAGUUGUGUUAUAGGUGUAGAUGGGGAUAGUGAUAGGAUUGAGAAGGUCGUCAACUGGCGGGAAGUUGUGAGGAAGUUCAAAUCCUUGCAGGGCAUGGAACUGGACGAUAGCGCUGAGGUCAUCGAAGGACAAGAGACAAAAUCUGCGAAUUAUGAUUUAAAUGAAAAAAGUGUUCAUGAUAUCAAAGAAUUUGUCGAAGUCUACUUUAAAAGAAUGGGUGAACCCACAGUAAGCUAUUCAAAAAAAGUAUGAGCUGCAAUACAAGGAUGAAUUGUGAAUGGCUUUGGAAGCAAAAGCUUGUUUAUGAUAGACUAGGAGAUAAUCUAAUUGUAUGAAGUCUAACUUUCCCAAUAACAAUACGAAGGCAGUUCUUUUUCGCGUUGAUUUUAUUAUAAUGGCUUGACACAACGCAAUUGUAUUUAAUUGAUAUUAUUGUAAGUAAUAAUAUAUGAGUUAUUUUGUAGAGUUUGUUGUAUACGAACUUUCAAAGCUGGUGUAGUUAAUAAAACUGCCACUAAAACAA